AUGCCUUUAACAACCCCCGUUUUGACGGUGGACGCCGAUAAUAUCCAUAAGGUGGACACUGCAAAUGCUCAAAGUCUUCAUGGCAUGUGGAUGGUCUUCUCAAAAUGUGCCGACUACAUGGACCAGGGCCGUCGGCUCGAGAAUCUGAGCUGGCGCCUGUGGACCCGUGAGACCUUCUGCGUUGAGCCCGAAAACUCUAAGAGUGCCGCCAUGCUCGCCAAGUUACGUUCCGAUGCCGGGGAUUUGCCGGAGCUCUCCGCCAGUGUUGAGUCGGCCGCAUCCGAUCAAGCUGAGCGCAUUGAGGCUCACAUCAAACGUCCCAAGUUUUCCGAUUACCGCCCUGCUGUGGUUCGUGAGGACUCAUUGGCUAGCCUUGGUCGAGGAAAGGAGAAGCACAUCACAUCUCUGGAUCUCGAGCGCAUGGUUCUCAACAUUAAGGAACGAAAGAAUCUCGAACCAAUUCCCACUCCCGAGCACGCUGCUCCUGUCGUCGAUAUCACUCCUCGCCCAUCUACUCCAACCCCAACUCCUCCCUCAGUUUCGACAGUUUCGACAGCUAGACAGGUCCCGGUCUUCCCUCGUCCUACUUGCAAGCUCCGCGAGUCAACUGAAUCUUGCUCGACUACUGCGCCCGAAGGCAAUGAAAGUGAUGGGGCACAAAUGGAUGGAUCUGACACUAGCGUCUCUUCCUCUGGUGUUCUUCCUGCCUGUGCAGAAUUGAUCAAGUCGCCUAGCAUUAUCCGUGGUUUCUCCCCAUCCUUAAUCUCAUCAUCCUACCGUUCGCAGCCCAAGCUCUCGAUCGAGGCCAGCCCGUCCCGUUCGACUACGCAAUUGAAACCCUCGGCACUAAAGAAGAAGGGAGGCAUGUUUACUUUGGGAGGAUCCUCUGGUGACGACGACGAGAGCUCAUUUGAGGAGCGCAUGGUCGUAAAGCCGACACAGGAGAACCCGACCAGUGGAUUACUACGACCUGCGACUAGUAAUCCUACUCCAUCUAAGAAGGUCGCCUCAUUCAGUGACGAAGUUGCAUUCCGCCCCAAGAGCCCCAGCCACCUCGACGAAGACGCCAUUGAAACAGACGACGAGGUCUCCGAGAGCGCGAUCGAGGAUGACGAGGAUUCGGAUUGGGAGGACUCCGUCACCGAGAGCGGCAAAUCUAGCGUGGACGAUCGACCAGAGCUAUUCCAACGAGUGGAUUCUAGACCGAACCUGGUUUCGCGACGAUCUCUUCUUACUAUGAUGAUGCACCAGCCAAGCAACAUGAGGCAAGGGAACGCAUUCCGGUCCAGUCCUGCGCUGCAGCGCUCCCGCUUGACAUCACCCAACGGCCCGUCCAUUCCCGCCUCGCCCCCAGAGAACGAUGAUGAAAGCCUGACUAUGCGUAAACCCGAUGUUCCCCGAUCAAAACCCAUCAUCAUGAAGCCUCCGCCUCCACAAUCGGUCGCUCAUUCGCCGCGCACCACUCGCCGCAACAUGCUUGCGACCGAGUUGACCGAGUCUCUCCGUCGACACCUUCUCUGGGAGCGCCAACAGAAGAGCGCAACCGCCAAUGCUUUCCUGAAGCGACGACACACCGCCCAUGAUGUGAAGAACCUUCAAGAAUAUCCAGGACCAAAGGGACCCCAUCGACUCCCCGGUGCCGGUACAUCUGCUUCAGGCGAGGGCAAUCACGCUCGGGAUAAGGACCUCGCUAAGAAUGGCUCCUGGACCAACUAUGCGACCGAUUAUGGCCCAUGGGAAUACCAUGCCAAGGGAUGGUAA